ACGAUUUCAUAAUACAAUAAAGAGAGCCUUGUGGAGUAAACAUUUACGUAUUAUAAGUACUUUUAUUAUCCAUACAAUGUUGGACCACCUUAAUGUACCUAUAUGUAAAUAAAUAAGUACCUGUUGUACCUAAUAAUUGUAUAUCUACUAAAUCCCCACCUACCUAUAAAACUUGAUGGGUGAAUGGUUUGAAUUUGCCAAAAUCGUAAAAUAGUUUCUGUUAUUAUCCACCAUUGAAUCCGGAUUGAAUUUGCUAGAAACCGAGUUGGCAGCUUUGCAGAUGAACGAAAAUGGAAAGGACUAGUUCUCCAGGCUUAAAAAAAGUUGAGAUUAGUGGGAUCCCUCAAAAGAUGGUGAAAACUCGUUAAAAACACGCAAUAAAUAAAUAAAAAAUAUUAUUCUUCUACUAAUAUAAACCGUGUUUACGAAAAUACCUAUGUAUGUAAGCAUACAAAUAAAAAUUAAACUUUUAAUACACCGUAGAACUUACACUUAUUCGUCGCAUACUUACUCACUGCGCAAUAUUCAAAUAAAGCGCCAAACGGAUAUAUUUUUCAAGAUUUUCGGUCAUGCGCGAGCUACCCGGGUACCAAUACACGUUUCACUUGUAGGUGAUCGGGUACACACAUUCAUAAUGGCCGACUAUCAGUACUUGGAAAAUCACGGACACAGCCAAAGAAAAUCACGCACACUUCCACCCAAUCUCUGUUGUACGCCGUGUAAGUAUGGGGGUUUCACGCACACUGGCACCGCGUCAACCCUGCGAUGCUGUAUACAUUAGUCUCCUUCUGGGUACCGUAUCGCAAGGACGUGUAUUUGAUCACCAUUUUAUGACGUUCGGGAGUGUAACGAAGUGAACUCGGUAUCAUAAGAGUUAACUCGAGUGUUAAGCUUUUCACAAGUUUGUAUGGAUAGUGGACGUUACAAACUUUUUUAGUGUAUUUAUGUGGAGUGUUGAUACAGUUGUGUGAAAUUUUAAAGGAAAUGAAAUCUGCAUUCUUUGGAUAAAUUCGUAGAGAAUGCACCCAAAACGCGACAGGCACGGCAUCGAAGCGGGACACAACAAAUGGAGGAUGAGUUGAGCCAUGGGUGCUAUGUGGGGGACGUUGGAAAUGCCGGUCUGGCGCGUCAGCUACAGGCUCGAGAUUGGGCUCGUAGUCAUAGUCAUCAUGGUGCUUGGAUUCUUCAAUGAAAGUCAAGGAACAGCACACUACGGCGAGGACAGCGUGGGUUCGUUCCCGUACUUCGAGUACAACGUGCCGCGCAACGUUACAACCGUGGUUGGGCAAACUGCCUUCUUGCACUGCAGAGUGGAGCAGCUUGGAGAUAAGGCGGUAUCAUGGAUAAGAAAAAGAGACCUCCAUAUACUUACAGCUGGGAUAUUAACUUACACAUCAGACCAGAGGUUUCAAGUGAUAAGACCGGAUAAGUCCGAGAACUGGACGCUACAGAUCAAGUUCCCGCAGGAACGGGACGCGGGCAUUUAUGAAUGCCAAGUCAACACGGAGCCUAAGAUGUCACUAGCUUUUCAGCUCAAUGUUGUAGAAGCCAAGGCUCACGUGCUGGGCCCGGCCGACCUGUACGUGAAGACGGGCAGCUCGCUCAAGCUCACCUGCGUCUUGAGCCAGGGUCCACAUGACCUCGGCACCAUAUUUUGGUAUAAGGGAUCAAAACUAAUAGAGUAUAAGGAAGUAGAAGCGAAUGAAAUCAUAGAAGAACCGCGGGUCCGGUUGAAGACCGAGUGGACAGAGCAGCUGACGUCUCGGCUGACCAUCGAGAAGCUGUUACCGGGUGACAGCGGGAACUACAGCUGCGUGCCGACGAUGGCUGAGGCGGCCUCAGUUAAUGUCCAUGUCAUUAAUGGAGAACACCCAGCUGCAAUGCAACACGGGAACGCAAACACAGCAUCACCCUGUGCUCUGUCAGUAAACCUCCUCAUCUCACUGUACUGCACUCUGGCCACCCUUUACACCAACACAGUGGAGGGCUUCAGGUGAAAACUAGAACAGCUUAAACAAAUGUUUGAGCAAAUGUUUGAACAAUUUGUAAAUGUAUUAAAUUUUAUGAAUUAAAUUUUAUAUGUCAUGAUAGUUGUAAAAAAUAAUUGUGUAAAUGUAAAGUAGGAUUUCGUUGUAUAAAACUUUAUAAUAUGAAUUGGUUCAGUGGUAUCAGUUUACAAUAAUUGUUUCAUAAUAAAAUUUAACAAACUUUCCGAGGUUGAACGUAUUUUUACAUUAUUUUGAUAAUUUUAAGCAUUUAAGCAUAUAAAAGAUGUUAGAAAAGUAAUUAAUACUAAUGACAUGAGUAUCAAAUUUUUUUCACUAAAGCGUUAUAGUUUAUUUAGCAUGCAUAAAAAUUUCGUAGGUGCUCGUUAAAUCAUUUUAUGUGAAUAACGUAAGUUAUUUUGAUACCAAACACUGGUGUGUUUCUCGCAUAAUAUACCGAUAAUGUAAACUGACCAAAGAGCGAUUUACUUAGAUAGCGUUUGGAAAAAUACCGACUACGCAAUCGUAUAGUGUAGGUAAUGGUUAAUGGUUUUAAAAGGGUGUAAAGUCGUUACUAUUUUAUUUAAAACUAAUAAUUAUUGAUGUACGUAUUUUAGUUACUUACACCAAUUUAACUUUGCUUUUUGCCUCAUUUGUAUGCUCAUCUUUUUCCAAGCACACUAUUUUUAUAUAUUAUGGUAAUCAUUGUAUUACACCUGAACCGUUUUGAAUAACUAAUUUAUCAUUACACACUUCACUUUUUACUACUAAAACAAUUAGACACAGUUCUUCACCUAUCGACACUACUAGCAGAAAUAAACACGACUUAAGUACUUUAAAUCAAAUAAAUAGGGAUAUCUCACGCACGAAAGUUGACUAGCACAUUUGGAAAAUACUGUAAGAUUCGAAAAUCAGUCUAAUUACUUUGGUAUAAAGUUUUAAAUGGUUUGACAUCGUAAUGUGCAUUUAAUAGUUUUCAGCUCUUUGUUAGCAAAGUAAGGUGUUAAGGUAUGUAUGUUAAAAAGGCCUUCUUAUUAAAAUGUACAUAAACUUAAUUUACGGUUAGCUAAUUAUUUGAAUGUUUCAAGUUUUAAGCGUUAGAAGAAAAAAUAUAAUAAAAUGAAAUAUCUUAUGUCCAUGUUUCUGAAUAACGGGUUUUUACUUUAUUUUACAGCUUUGAAAAAAUAUUAUAUGUUAUACAAUUAUGUUAUAUACUCGUACCUACCUAUUAGAGUUCCAAUCGAUAUUAUAAUGUAUUUUCCAACUGCAGUAGUAGUUAUAAAAACCCUCUUCAACGCCAACUUUAAGAGUAGACUUCAUUAUGUAUUACAU